AUGAGUGGCGUAUCCUUUCUCCGGCGUGUUUCAUUGCAUGGCUUUCGAGGGCGCUCCAAGUCCGGCGUGCCACAACCAGAGACGGAGAAACCCCCAUUCAAGACGGCCCCUAUCAUACCCGAGACCCAAACAGUCCUCCUCCUACACGCGGCACGCCAGCCUUACGAGCUGACCGAGAACUACCCGGUUUCUGAUCUAAGGGACGAUCAUGAGGUCCUUGUCCAGACGCGAGCCAUCGGGCUGAACCCAGUAGAUUGGAAGGCCCCGGAGCUGGCCGGCGAGGUAAUAAAGCGACGAUCAUCUUCACGACUCAAGGUCCUCGUCAUCUCGACAGACUACAGAGACCUGCGCAAGUCUGCCUUCCAGCACUAUGUCGUAGCCCUCGACUAUAACACGGUCCGCCUCCCCCCUUCCAUCUCCCAUGAGGAGGGCUCGACGCUGGGCGUUGCCUUCGUGGCCGCCGCUCUCUCCUUGGGUGUGUGCAUGGGACUCGACUUCUCCUCCGUCCUGGACGGGCCGGACAUCUACUCCCUGAUCCGGCAGCUCCCGCCGGACGCACUCGCACCCGACGUAAGGGACGAAUGUCUCAACGCGCUCCCCAGUCAAGAACGCGCCCAACCCGGUGACUGGCUCGCCGUAUGGGGAGGCUCGUCCACAUCCGCCAACCUCACCAUCCAACUAGCCCGCCUCGCGGGCCUCCGCACCAUCGCCGUAGCCGACACUGCCAAGCACGGCGUGCGGCUAUCCAACCACCGUAGCACGCGGCCCGACCUGCUGGUCGACAGCCACGACCCGGCGCGGGCCGUGGCCGUGAUCCGCGCCAACGCGGCCAGGAACGGCGGCCGCGGCGUGCGGUUCGCCAUCGACACGAGGGGGAAGGACUCGGCCGGGUGGCUGGCGCGGGCUCUGGCGCGCGACUACGACGCCGAGAAGAACGACGGCACCAAGGACAAGGAGACGAACCCGGCGGCAGCGGCAGGGGCGCCCCCCUCGCCGCCGGGCACGCCCGACUCCGACGACGAGGACUCCGACGACUCGGACGGGGGCCGCCCCGGCGACCGCCCGGCGCGCCCGAUCCUCCCGCCCGACGCCCACCUGAUCGGCCUCACCGGCUUGCCCAAGGAGCCGGCCCCGGCGGGCGUGGUCUACCACACGGUGCCGAUCAAGGUGUUCCACGAGGUGCCCGCCGUCGGGCGGGCGCUGGUCGAGUGGCUCGAGAGGUUGCUGGCUCGCGGGCUCGUGGCGCCGGCCGACAUCAUCGACGUCGAGCGCGGGCUGGAGAGCGUGAACCGGGGCCUGGAUCGCAUGAGGAGGGGCGAGAUCAGCGGGGGGAAGUUGGUCGUCAGGGUUGAUUGA